AUGGCGAGUCACUCGGACGAGGGUUCGGACGUGGAGUCGGAGCCCGACCUGCCGCUCAAGAGGAAGCAGCGGCGCAGCCGCACCACCUUCACGGCGGAGCAGCUGGAGGAGCUGGAGAGGGCCUUCGAGAGGACCCACUACCCCGACAUCUACACCAGGGAGGAGCUGGCCCAGAGGGCCAAGCUCACCGAGGCCCGGGUCCAGGUCUGGUUCAGCAACAGGCGGGCGAGGUGGAGGAAGCAAGCGGGGGCCAGUCAGCUGAUGGCGUUUAAUCACCUGAUCCCGGGAGGGUUCCCGCCUUCGGCCAUGUCCGGCAUCGCCCCCUACCAGCUGUCUGACAGCCCGUACCCCCCCGCGGCCAUCGCACCAGAGCCCCCCAGCACGCUGCACCGCCCCCAGCCCCUCCCGCCUUCCUCGGGCCACCAGGCCGGCAUCGGCGGAGGGCAGGUGGAAGGAGGCUCGGCCUACUGCCUGGCCUCCGGGCGCCACUCCUUCUCAGGCUACUCGGACGGCUUCGUGAGCGCCGGAGGACCGGCCAAUCCCAUGAACGCCGCCAUCGGGAACGGGCUGCCCCCCCAGGUGAUGGGUCUGCUGAACCCGGGCGGCGUGCCGCAUCAGCCCCAAAGCGACUACGCCAUCUCGCCGCUGACGGGCGGCCUGGAGCCCCCCGCCGGCAUGGCCGCCAGCUGCAGCCAGCGCAUGGAUCACAUCAAGGGCCUGGAGGGUCUCACCAGCGUCCCCUCCAUGUCGGCCCUGCCCUCCCUGCCCAGCUCCCAGUCCUACUGCCCCCCCUCCUACAGCUCCCCGGGCUACACCGUGGACCACAUGGCGUCCUACCAGUACGGCCAGUACGGACAAAGUGCCAUUUCUUAUCUGAGGCCCGAGAUCACCUGAUCCGCAGCGGAGGGAAUCCUUCAAUUACUGGACCAAAAUAUAUUUUGCUACAAUUUACCGGGACGCAUUCUCUCUCUUGCAGGACUUUUUUUUAUUUCUAUUAUUCAUUGUUGUCGGAGAAAUGGACAAAAAAAAA